AUGUUAAAUAAGAAGCUGUCUGAGAACGACGUCCGCGCCCUUUUCGCUGGUCACGGCGCGAUCGAGGAGUGCACGGUGCUGCGCGACGCCCAGGGACAGAGCAAGGGUUGCGCAUUUGUUACGUUCGUGUCUAAACAGGCUGCAAUCGCCGCCAUCAAGGCGUUGCACCACAGUCAAACUAUGGAAGGUUGUUCGGCACCUUUAGUCGUGAAAUUCGCUGACACGCAAAAGGAGAAGGAACAGAAGAAACUACAAGCAAUGCAGGCGAGUUUGUGGGGGCUGGCCGCGCCAAUUGCGCCGGCGACGUACCUUGCGUCCGAGGCGGCGUUGUCGCCAGCAACGCAACUGCAACUGCUACAGCAACUUCAAGCUGUUGGAUUGCAGCAGCAACUGUUGCAGGGACAGGGUUCAACGUUGCUUCAAGGUAUUAACUAUCAGGAUAUCGGUUUCAAUGGUGCAGGCCUGAGCGGGAGCGCAGUAAGCGGGGUUGGGGGUGUUAACGCGAUGGGGGGCGGAGCAGCUGAACAAUUAGGAGGACUGCUUGCUCCCGUGUCUGUCCAAAACUUAGCUGCGCUGGCAGCGAUGACGCAACCGGUGGUGACGCAGGCAGCGCAAAUUCAGCAGGCAGCCGCGCCUCAGCAGGCCGCGCCGCCUUUGUGUCUUCUCGGGAAGACAAACAUCACAGGGUCGACAGCAGAGCCUCUAGGUUCUGCAUACGCAGCGCAGUUCGGUACGGCGUUUGCGGCCGCGCCACUCGGCUCCGUGCUGGGCUCGGCCGCCGCCGCUGCUGCUGGUAAGCAGGUUGAAGGUCCUGAAGGUGGCAACCUGUUCAUAUAUCACCUGCCGCAAGAGUUCACAGACACGGACCUCGCGUCUACGUUCCUGCCGUUCGGCCACGUGAUAUCGGCUAAAGUGUUCAUAGACAAACAGACGAAUCUAUCUAAGUGCUUCGGCUUCGUCUCGUAUGACAACGCUGCCUCCGCGCAGGCCGCGAUACAAGCCAUGAACGGCUUCCAAAUAGGUACAAAGAGACUCAAAGUUCAAUUGAAACGGUCUAAAGAACUGUCAAGACCAUACUAG